AUGGGAGUGCCGGACGUGGAGCAGGCCAAGAAGCGACUUCAGGAUAUACUGAGGCGAGCGCAGAAGCUUGAGAUACCGACACAAGAGGUGAUCUCGACGAGAACUGCGCGUAAAUUGCUCGCCAGAACGCGCAAUGUCCUGGCAUGGACUAUCUGGAUCGGAGUGUUCGUGGUCCUGCUCACUGGCGUUGUCUACGCUCGUUGGCCUACACGACAGGACGUGGAGACCGUCAGGACCGUGCUGAGGCGAACAUGUUCAGGUGCAGCUUCAGGCGAUUUUUCGGAACGAGUGGCAGCACUUCUACAAUCGUCCUCGACUCAGGACGACUGCUAG